UCUUCCGCCACGCCCUCCUGCCUAGUGAGUUCCCAAAGCGCCGUACAACGCGGUCUCCUCUCAGCCUACAUCUCUUCAGCUGUCACGGGGGAUGGUUCACAGUCGCCAAGAGUCAUCUACCUCGAUGGACCCCAGUUCGUUUGGUACCGCCAACUUCAGGUAUGCUCUCAACGCGACUCUGCGUGGAUUGCGGAUUUUUCUUUUCAUCCUCACCUCAACAUGGGCUGCCACUCAUGGGACUAUCGCAUAUACGGAUCUGAUCGCGAUAAACCCGUUCAGUUGCAAAGAACGAUGUUGACUAAUCAUGCACUGCCCUACACGGAGACAACCUCGUCUUCCGUUGCCAAGUCAGAAGGAGGCAGCUCCCUCACAGAGAUCAAACCAAAUCGCAGGUCUCUAACGGCCUCCAGCCAGCGCAGUCAGACGAUACAUCGCAAACGGGCGCUCUGGUUAGCCCUGAGAAACCAAAAUCAACAUCUCACCCAUCUCCCGGAACAGUUGACACGACACGAACAGGCGGAGGGCACAAUCUUUGCCCUGGGAGUGGUCGGCCCCGUUGCGGAU